AACAUCGGUUUCUGUUUUCUGCCGGAAUGAACCGACUUUUGGCUUCCGUCGGAAGCAUCAAACAAAGGCUGUUACCGGCAAUACUACAGCCGUACUGCCAACAGAUACGCAAUUUCUCUAACAAUCCGAAACCACCGGUUCCGGAAGCGGACACAAUCUUCGAUAAAAUAAUACGAAAACAAAUUCCUGCGGAUAUUAUUUAUGAAGAUAGCGUAUGCCUGGCAUUCAACGACGUAUCUCCUCAAGGCCCGGUCCAUUUUCUGGUAAUCCCCAAGCGACGCAUUCCGAAACUGGAGGAUGGAACCGCAGCUGACAUAACAACCUUCGGCCAUCUAAUGCAUGUCGCGGGACAGCUGGGUAAAGAUAAAGCUCCUCAAGGAUUCCGCCUGGUGGUUAACAACGGAGAACAUGGUUGUCAGUCUGUGUUCCAUCUGCACCUUCACGUAAUCGGAGGUCGCCAACUCGGAUGGCCUCCAGGUUGAAACCAAAAAUAACCAUCCCUAAACCUAUCGUUACAUAACGAAUCAAAAACCGUUUUCAAUCAUCCGUUCUACUAGUUUGUUUUAUUAAAGCCUAAAGUUGCAAA